AUGCCGGGAGCCAGGGCCCAGACGGAGGAGGGCGGCAGCGAGGGCGCGGCCCCGGGGGGGUCCGCAGAGCCCGGGACGGGGCCCGGGCGGGAGCCAGCGCGGUUGUGCGGCUACCUGCAGAAGCUGUCGGGCAAGGGCCCGCUGCGUGGCUACCGCAACCGCUGGUUCGUGUUCGACGCGCGCCGCUGCUACCUCUACUACUUCAAGAGCCCGCAGGACGCGCUGCCUCUCGGCCACCUGGACAUCGCCGACGCCUGCUUCAGCUAUCAGGGCCCCGACGAGGCAGCAGAGCCCGGCGCCGAGCCUCCCGCACACUUCCAGGUGCACAGCGCGGGAGCGGUCACGGUGCUCAAGUUUGUCUUCAUUUCCCACAUCUCCAAAUUCCGUCCCCAUAUCCCAUAUGCCCUGUCUCAGGAUUUAGGCCAGCCUGUCCCCUCCCUUCCUAAGACACUGACAAAUUCAAUGUCUUCUUUUCGUCCUGGGCGAGGACAUAAUGAUAGUCGGAAGAGCAGGUUUUAUACCAGUGAAGAAUGGGAACUUUUAGACCCAAGCCCUAAGGACCUGGAGGAGUCCAUGGUACAGGAAGAAAAGAAGAAGCAGACCCCUGAAGGAAACAAAGGAGUAACUGGCUCAGGAUUCCCCUUUGAUUUUGGACGUAUUCCCUACAAAGGAAAGCGCCCUUUGAGAGACAUGAUUGGGUCGUACAAAAAUCGUCACAGUAGUGGUGACCCGUCACCUGAGGGGCUGUCAGGCGGUGGCAGCAUCAGCAAGCCAGCCUCUGAAAUGCAGCUGCAGGUUCAGAACCAGCAGGAAGAGCUGGAACGGUUAAAGAAAGACCUAUCCAGUCAGAAGGAGCUUGUACGGCUGCUCCAGCAGACAGUCCGAUCUUCCCAGUAUGACAAAUAUUUCACGAGCAGCCGACUCUGUGAGGGGGUCCCAAAGGACACACUGGAGCUUCUACACCAAAAGGAUGAUCAGAUCUUGGGCCUUACCAGCCAGCUUGAGAAGUUCAACCUGGAAAAAGAGAGUCUUCAGCAGGAAGUGAGGACCCUCAAGAACAAAGUGGGUGAGCUCAACGAGCAGCUGGGAAUGCUGAUGGAGACAAUCAAGGCCAAGGAUGAGGUCAUCAUUAAGCUCUCGCGGCAGCUCAGCGAGUGCGAGAGCAGUGCAUCUUCCCCCACCACAGUGCCCGGCUCUCCCUCCGCCUCCCUAGCCAGCCGGGACCAGCUGGAGUUGGACAGGCUGAAAGAUAAUCUGCAAGGAUACAAAACUCAAAAUAAAUUUCUAAAUAAAGAAAUUUUAGAACUCUCAGCUCUACGAAGAAAUGCAGAAAGGAGAGAGAGGGAUCUGAUGGCAAAGUAUUCUAGCCUAGAAGCCAAGCUCUGCCAAAUAGAAAGUAAAUACUUGAUAUUGCUUCAAGAAAUGAAGACGCCAGUUUGCUCAGAAGAACAGGGGCCUGCUCGGGAUGUCAUAGCCCAGUUGCUGGAGGAUGCUCUGCAAGUUGAAAGCCCAGAGCAGCCAGAGCAAGCAUUCAUUAAACCUCAUCUUGUCAGUGAAUAUGAUAUCUAUGGAUUUAGGACUGUACCUGAGGACGAUGAGGAAGAGAAGUUGGUAGCCAAAGUCCGAGCAUUGGACCUAAAGACUCUCUACCUCACAGAAAACCAGGAAGUUUCCACUGGGGUCAAGUGGGAAAACUAUUUUGCAAGUACAGUGAACAGGGAGAUGAUGUGUUCUCCGGAGCUGAAAAACCUGAUCCGUGCAGGGAUUCCACACGAGCACCGUUCCAAGGUGUGGAAGUGGUGUGUGAACCUUCACACAAGGAAGUUCAAGGACAGCACUGAGCCUGGCUACUUCCAAACAUUGCUUCAGAAGGCACUAGAGAAACAGAACCCAGCCUCCAAGCAGAUCGAGCUGGACCUGCUGCGGACACUGCCCAACAACAAACAUUACUCCUGCCCCACCUCAGAAGGCAUACAGAAGUUACGCAACGUCCUGCUUGCCUUCUCCUGGCGGAACCCUGAUAUUGGCUACUGCCAGGGUCUAAACAGAUUGGUGGCAGUGGCCCUCCUGUACCUGGAACAAGAAGAUGCUUUCUGGUGUCUAGUUACCAUAGUGGAAGUUUUCAUGCCUCGAGACUAUUACACAAAGACUCUUUUAGGAUCCCAGGUGGACCAGCGGGUGUUCAGAGACCUCAUGAGUGAGAAGCUGCCUCGAUUACAUGCCCACUUUGAACAGUAUAAAGUUGACUAUACCCUCAUCACGUUCAACUGGUUUCUGGUGGUGUUUGUGGAUAGUGUCGUUAGUGACAUCCUCUUUAAAAUAUGGGACUCUUUCCUUUACGAGGGACCAAAGGUUAUUUUCCGUUUUGCCCUGGCACUUUUUAAGUACAAGGAAGAGGAGAUCCUGAAAUUACAGGAGUCGAUGUCCAUAUUCAAGUAUCUCCGUUACUUCACUCGCACUAUCCUAGAUGCUCGGAAGCUGAUCAGUAUCUCCUUUGGGGACCUGAACCCGUUCCCCCUGCGCCAGAUCCGGAACCGGCGCACCUACCACUUGGAGAAGGUCCGGCUGGAACUGACAGAGCUGGAGGCCAUUCGCGAGGACUUCCUACGUGAACGGGAUGCCAGCCCUGACAAGGGUGAGCUGGUCAGCGAUGAGGAAGAGGAUACCUGAGUGGACCCCCGUAUACACCAAGACGCUGCUUUUCUUGUCUUCACAACCAAAGUGUGCCAAAAGGGUGAACUGCAGAGAUGCCUCUGCUCAUUCAAAGCCAGAAUGUAACACUGUGGCGUCCGGACAGCUGCUGGGCAGAUGUCCAGAGCCAUACUGCACUUUUUCAUUUUCCACUUGCGGUGGGGAGCAAAUCUGUUUACAGCCAUCUUCAUGUGAUGGUGUUUUGGUGACAUAUAUCAUGGUCAUAAUUUCAGACUGAAUGGUAAACCGGCAGGCUUAGCAGUUGGUUAUCUUCAGGAGCCCAUUU